ACUUUACCAAAUUCGCCCCGUCCGGUAGUGGAACCCUCCGGCGAUGCUCGCCUUCCUGAACGUCAUCUUACUGCUGGCGGCCCAUGUGGCAGCCGAGACUAGCUCCUGCGCACCGGUGCUCUUGCAGAGGCAACAAUCUCUGCGAGACCACGCCCAUCCAGCUCCUAUCGCCCCGCAGGUGAACCUGAGCGACGCUCUGGAGGCCUUGAAAAGCAACUCGAGCCAGACUCCCAAGAGCAAGGAGGAGGCCGAGAAGGUCCUCAAGUGGCUGAAGCACCUCUUCGGCGAGGUGGCGGCGGAAAACAAUGUCUGCCACUCUGACGGAGCACCGGGCGGGCUGAUCAAGCUCGUUGAGUCGGCGGCCUCGCCGGACUUGGUGUCCCUGGACCUCACCGCCGCCUUCCACCAGAGCGAGGUGGUGAAGAUCCUGGUGACGGCCAUCACUACCGAUGGCGCCUACGUGGAAGGUCAGGGCUUCUAUGCCAUGCUCGGGGAGAACACCGACGUGUACCUUCAGCUGGAGCUGGAUCGUGAGAGGUCGGUGGUGAAUGUGUACCUCCCCCAGAUGGAGCUCCGUACUUCGGAUUUGGAGUCCAAGGAGGCGGUGACCAAGGGAGGGGGCGACGGGUGGCUGGACGUGCUGCCGCUCACGCCCUGCCCGGCGCCGCUGGAGAAGAGCAUCGUAGUGGACGCAACAACCUUGGUGUCCAAGAUGUUCUACACCUUUCAGCUGGAGACGGUCACCAACUACCGCAUUCUCAACGCGCAGGCCUUCCCACAGAACCUAGACCUCACCGUGGAGUACCUGAGCCUCACCGCCCCGAUCUCUUUGGGCUUCUCCUUGACCGUGCUGCCGGAAACGCCCAUGCCGCCCCGCAUGGCGGACGACCGGCUGCUCUACUUCACCACGGACUUCACAGACAUCGGGUACCACAAAGCUGGCAAGAAGCUGCCGAGCGAGGCGGUGGAUUCCUUGACCUCUGUGAUUUGGCGCUGGGAUUUGUCGAAGCUGCCCAACCGCACCAUCAGGAUGUACGUCGACCCCACCGUGCCGAGCAGAUGGCGGUUGUGGAUCAAGGAGGGUGUCGAGGCUUGGAAUGCGGGCUUCGAACAGCUGCAGCCAGCUGCGUACGUGAAGGCGGUGCUGCCGGAGGACGCGGACUGGCCCAGCGACUACGACCUGGCGGACGCUCGCUACAGCACCAUCUCCUGGUCCAUCGCAGAUGAAAUCUCCAGCGAAGGCGAUGCCAAGGUGGAUCCGCGCACGGGUGAGAUCAUCAAGGCGGAUAUCCGCAUGGGUGAAGGCUGGGUUUGGGCCUGGCUCCAAGAGUUGGACUUGUUGGCCCCCAACGUCACCCACGAGCAGCGCCUCGCGCUGCUGGCGCAAGCGCCGGCGCCGGCGCAGCCAGCGCCCAGGGAGACGAGGAGAACGGAGACGCAGACCAGCCGCGUGAAGCGGACACACAGGCUUCACAAGAAGGCCGAGCAGACAGAGGCACAUGAGAAGAAACAGGCCGGGCUCGCCGGGCUCACGGGCUCCCUGCUGCUGUCGGCGCUGGGGCCUUUGACGGAAGCCCAGCUGCAGGUGCUGAUGGGCGAAGGCUUGCGAGGGGUGAUCAUGCACGAGAUGGGCCACAUCCUGGGGCUGAGGCACAACUUCAAGGGCAGCACCGCGGUGAGCUACAAGUGCCUGCAGAACAUGAGCUGCACUGCGACCCACAGCAUCUCCUCCAGCGUCAUGGACUACCUGCCGAUGAAUCUCCCGGAGAAGCAGAAGCCAACGCACAUCUUCCCGCCGGCCAUCGGCGCGUAUGACAAGCUGGCCAUCCGCUACGGCUACUUCGAGCCGGCGACGCCUGAGCUCGGCGAGCCGGGCCACACGCUGGCAGAGGUGCUGCGGCAGGCGGCGAGCUACGCGACGUGCUACGACUCGGACCAGGCCUUGGAGGAUCCCUACUGCAUGGUGGAAGACCUCGGCGAGGAUCCGGUGGCGUACCACGCGAGGCGCAUCAAGCGCCUGUCGAAGGUGCAGAAGACGCUGCACAUCAACUUUCUGGAGGCAGAUGGACCCUGGCGCAAGUACGGGGCAGCUGUGCAGUCCUUGCUGAGGGAAGCGCAGUACACGGGAGACAGUCUCAUUCCCUGGGUGGGCGGCAUCGAAAAUCGCUACCUCCACCGGGGGCACGUUUGGAAUACCUCCAAGGCGCGGCGCCCGGUGCCGCUGAGUCUGCAGCACGCGGCGUUGGAGCAGCUGCUGCAGCUGCUGCGCCCGGGGAAGGCUGGGCUGCUGCCGCCGGCGGAGGCCAUGCCCUACAUCGUGGAGGGUGAGGAGGAUCGCGUGAAGAGCCUGGAUCUGGCGGUCCUCACAGAGAGCAUGAUCAAGCACCUGUUGAAGCAGCUGGUUUCGAAGAAGAAGCUGCUGCAAAUUCGCAAGCAGGAGCUGCUGCUGGUGGAGAAGAACUCCUCCAAGAUCUCCGCGCUCACCGCGGAGGAGUUCCUCACGAGGAUGAGCGACAGCAUCCUGGGUGGUUUCCAUUUGCACCUGGACAAGCCAGAGGCUGCAGUGCCAUCCACAGCAGAGAUGACGCUUCAGCUGGAGUACGUCCGUCAUAUGACGGAGCUCUACCUGAGCAAGGCGCUGCCAGAGUCGCUGCAGGCGCAGCUGCUGUUGCAGCUGCGGCAACUCCGGCAGGACACGCGGGCGGCCGACCAGCUGCUGCAGAAGGCCGCGGACGGGGAAAAGACUUUUGCGCAGCACGAGCCUCCGGUUCUGGAGGCUCACGUGGCGCUGCUGAAUCGUGAGCUGGCUGCAGCCUUCUGCCCUGCGGAUGAAUUGACUUGCGAUCCCCCGCGCGUGCGAGAGACUCUCAAGUCCGCGGCGGCGCCAUGGGCUUUCGCCAGCGCGGUCAUUGCGUGCAUGAUGCUCCUUUUGUGAGCAGGAGCCGCAGGUGCUAUAGGAUCGCCUCUGCCGAGCAGAGUGCGACACGGCGGCUCGCGAGAAACG